CGUUUCCGUAGGAGGCGGGCGGGAGUCGCCGGGGCUCCUUCCUGUGGUGCAGCUUCGGGUCCCGGAGCUUGGUCCCUACCCUGACCCCACCCCAGCUCCGCUCCGCCUUGGGUUCCGGCAGAACCCGCCUUGCGGUAGCCAUGGCAGCAGGCUCCGAGGCGACCACUCCUGUGAUCCUUGCAGCUGGGGCUGGAGGGGAGGAAGGUGAACAUGUCAAACCUUUUACGCCAGAGAAAGCAAAAGAAAUUAUCAUGUCUUUACAACAACCUGCAAUCUUCUGUAACAUGGUGUUUGAUUGGCCAGCACGACACUGGAAUGCUAAAUACCUUUCGGAGGUCCUUCAUGGCAAACGGAUACGAUUCAGAAUGGGGAUGAAAAGCAUGAGCACAGUUCCUCAGUUUGAAACUACAUGUAGUUAUGUAGAAGCUACACUCGAAGAGUUUCUGACCUGGAACUGUGACCAGUCUAGUAUUUCUGGACCAUUUAGAGAUUAUGACCAUUCCAAGUUCUGGGCUUAUGCUGACUAUAAAUAUUUUGUCAGUCUAUUUGAAGACAAGACAGAUAUUUUCCAGGAUGUGAAAUGGUCUGACUUCGGGUUUCCUGGAAGAAAUGGACAGGAAAGUACAUUGUGGAUUGGCUCCUUGGGAGCCCACACACCCUGUCAUCUGGACUCCUAUGGUUGUAACUUGGUAUUCCAGGUACAAGGAAGGAAACGAUGGCAUCUCUUUCCUCCUGAAGAUACUCCUUUCCUUUAUCCAACUAGAAUCCCUUAUGAAGAAUCUAGUGUGUUCAGUAAAAUCAAUGUUGUCAAUCCUGAUUUAAAGCGUUUUCCUCAGUUCCAGAAAGCUCAAAGACAUAUGGUUACACUGAGCCCAGGACAGGAAGAGGAUCACCUGGCCCGGGUAGAAGAGGCAAUCACUCGUAUGCUUGUGUGUGCCCUGAAAACUGCAGAGAAUCCACAAAAUACCAGAGCCUGGUUAAACCCCACUGAGGUUGAGGAAACGUCCCAUGCAGUGAACUGUUGCUACUUAAAUGCAGCUGUUUCUGCAUUUUUUGAUCGUUGCAGAACAUCUAAGGUAGUAGAAAUCCAAGCACCGAGAACAGAUGGAGAGCGCAUGAAAAAGGAAGAAUUAAAUGUGUACAGCCACAUGGAGGUGGGCCAAACAGGUAGCCAGAACUUGACCACAGGAACAGGCAAACCGGAGGCAGCAAGUCCCUUUGGCCCUGAUCUGGUACCUGUGGCACAGAGGUCCGAAGAACCACCUUCAGAAAGAGGAAGCAUAUUUGGAAGUGAUGGGAAAGACUUUGUUGACAAGGAUGGAGAACACUUUGGAAAACUGCAUUGUGCCAAGAGACAACAAAUAAUGAACAGUGAAAAGGCAAUUAAGGAACAGAUUGCCUCAAAUGCUACUACGGCUCCUUCUCAAACAUUCAUUUCUACGGACGACUUGCUGGACUGCUUGGUGAAUCCACAAGUAACCAGGAUAGUGGCACAACUUUUGAUACAAGGAAGAAGUUUAUGAUUCUAGUGGAAGAUGACUUUUAAAAUAAUAUUUUUUAAAUAUGUAUUUUUAAGUAGUGUGACUGUAAAAUAAAGAUGAACCAGCAAAAGGUCAGUUUGCACGUUUGUAAAUGUAUUUGUCCUUACCGAAUUACAUUUCAGUCUGUUGCCACCUUCCUUUUUUUUUUUUUUUUUUUUUUUUUUUUUAAUUUAAGUUCUAGGGUACAUGUGCACAAUCUGUUGCCACCUUCUUUCAUGCAUAUUCCUCUUUGGCCAAACUGGCUGCUCUUUGUUUGUAAGCUUUUGUUCCUCCCUCAUCCCAUACUUUCAGCUUGUCUCAAAUGUAAGUCCCAAGUAUUUCCAGCAGGAAGUAAUGUCUUCCUCAGCCUCAACUAGGGACCAGCCUGCUGCUUACUUUUGCAAAUAAAGUUUUACUAGAACACA